AAGGGGCAGCUCCUGCCCGCUCUUCUCUCUCCAUGAGGCUGCGAGGAAAGGCGGCACCGGCGGGGAAGCGCCCCUGGCCCGCCUCCUCCUCGUCCCUCCUCUUGGAGAAGUGGGCAAGGGCCCUUGUUUCCCUCCUCCUGCCUCCUCCUCCUCUCUCUCCUCCCUUGAGCCUGGAGCCCUGCGGGUGGCGGACAUGGCCCGGCCCGGCCCUCCUCCUCUCCCGGUCUAACGUGUCUCUGUCUUUUGAUCCAGGGCCCCCCAGCCAUGGCCGAGGGAGACGGCCUCCUCUCGGUCGAUUACGAGGUCUUCGGCAAAGUCCAAGGGGUGUUCUUCCGCAAAUACACGCAGGCACAAGGGAAAAAGCUAGGUGUGGUUGGCUGGGUCCAGAACACUGACUAUGGCUCCGUGAAAGGACAGAUCCAAGGCCCAACUGUCAAGGUGCGGCAGCUUCAAGAAUGGCUUCGGAAGACAGGAAGUCCCAAGUCCAACAUUGAGAAAGCUGAAUUCCGCAAUGAGAAGAAGAUUGCUCAUUUAGACCAUAGUGACUUUUGUAUUGUCAAAUAAGAAGAGCCAAGGGAGGGAACCAUUUAAUUAAUGGAAAGAGCCUCAAGAUCCCUUUUCUUUUUAUUCAUUGUUCACAUGCAGAUUUGUUCAGUCCUAAGUUUUAUUUAUUUGUUUAUAUAUUUAUUUAUUUAAUAUUGUUAUUGCAUUGAAUGUUCUAAUAUACAGACAGACUCAGUGACCUAUGAACUUGGCAUGCUGAUAUUUCACAUGUACAGGAGUAUAUGCAAAAAUUGGAUUGCCACACCAAAAAGUU